CGUCAGUAACGAGUGUGGGCGAGGCACGACUGAACAAGGUGACGUCAAGAGACCGAGGUGCGGCACGCCCUUCACACACUGCUGCACCGCGCACGUCACCGCUGCCCGGCACUCGCCAAUACUUCAUCAGCGUCCGUCCACCCCUCACCCCACCCCUCUUCACCACGCCAGCGACGCCCCGCCAGCAUGGACACCCCCGCCACCCUCGAUGUGGAUUAUGACGAGGAGCACCACUCUGAGGGCGCGGCGCAGCUCGAGGCGCUGGAGGACCAGCUGUCCCUGCACUCCUCCACGAGUGGCGAAGAGCACGUGCUGCCGGACGCCGGGGGAAGCCCUGACGGAAUCUUCUGGGGUAUCCUGGCCGCGUUCUGUAUACUCGCUGGUUUGUCAAUUGGCCUCGCGUUGUAUUUGAAAAGCAGCUUCGCGUUGACCAUCGGUGACUUCUUGCGUCGGUGCUGCUCUAAGCUAACCGGCGCCUCCACUCACGACCCCGUCCUGCUGAACGUGACUGGCCGUCAGAGUAAAGACGACUUGGACAAAGACGGCGCGGAGGAUGACAAGCGCAGUGAGGGGAGCUCGUCAGAUGAAGGGGAAGGUGGGAGUAACAAGAAACUUGAAAACUCUACAACCACUAAGGUUACGUUCCACAAGAGUGAAGGUGACGGUGACGGCACUGAACCCUCGGAGGGUAAAGGGAAGGAAGCAGCGAAGGAGCGAGAUGCCACUGAUGAUGCGGCUGAGGAGGCGGAGGGACAGCAAGGGGACGCGAAGACAACAGAAGCAGCGGAGGAAUCGGAGGCUGCGGCGGCAGGCGAGAACAGAGAGAACGAGGAAACGAAGGAAGUGGAGGCGAAGGAGGCACAAGAAAGCGAGAAGCGGUCCCGCCGCAGCUCCAGCUCCAGUUCCAGUUCAAGUUCUGAUGAAGAGAGUUCUGUACGUCAGCGGAAGAACGCCGCGGCAGAGACGGCGCCGGAGGGGGAGGCGGCGGCGGCGGCUGGCGAGGUGGAGCACAAGGAGUGAGGCUGGCAUCGCCUCGUGUCUGUUAAUUGUCCGGCGUCCAUUAACGAGUUUACGUAGUGUGAUAUUAUUUAGUAAAUCUUGUAAAGUAUAUUUGUUUAUUAACUGCUGUGGUUUAUUGUUCCCCGUAAAUGUUUAUUCCUCCCCACAUUUGAUUAUGUAGUAAGAGAAUUUUGCGUUUUGUUAAAUAUAUUUUUUUCCACAAAAA